AUGUCUAGAAUAGCCGGUCUCUUGCCGUUGGGGGGUCAAAGAUUCAUGCCUCUAUUAAGAGCUAUUUGUUGUACUCAGACGGAGGUGGCGCUGGAUCCUACCAAAGCUGAAGGGUUGCUUUUUAAUGACAGAAACUUGGAGCAAAUAUGGAAUGAAGUUCCUUUCCGAGGUGGCGUUUUCGCCCGUACUAUAGAGGAAUUUAAAAUGGUAGUAAAGAGUUACGGGUCAUCUAGGAUGGUUAGAGUUCUUGAACUAAAUGCUGGGCAUGGGUGUCUCACUAAAGCCAUGGGAAAUGCUAUAAAAGAAGCAACUUUGGAGCUUCCAAAUCUCCAGAUUGAAUACUAUUGCGCUGAUCUAGAUUUAGGUCUUGCAGAACGCAGUGCAAAGUCAUCGCCCUGGCAACCCGUUAGCCCAGUAAGCAUGACUUUCAGCGGUAGGCUUGAUUUGCAAGGAAUUCCUCGGGUUGACAUAGUUGUUGGUUUGAAUGCCUUAUAUACAUUCCCGACUCUUAAGAUUGGACUGCUCUCGAUAGAGAGUAUUCUUCUACCUGGAGGGUUUCUCAUGCUUAUCGAGUUUGAUAGAAGGGCCCACGAGGGCAUCACACCUGGUGUGAUAUGGUGUGAGUAAUUUGCCCCAUACCAUUUGUAUCUGUAUUUCCUAACUAGUCGCAGUAAACUUUGUGUUUGGGGGCCUUAAGGGUUGGUUUGAUAGCCCAGAUCUUGGGAACGAAGAUGGCGCAAUAGAAUAUGGCAGGAAAUCAGCGAGAGAAAUUUUCAGGGAGUCCGGAUAUCUCGACCCUUGGUUUAUUGAGAUUGAACGCCCACAACAUGUGUGUCACCGGACAUUGAUUACUCGCAUUCCACAUCUAUCUGGUAAGAGGGCGUUGAAUCACACCCACGCACAGCCCCUGCCAAAGGUUUUGAUUACUAUUCCUGAGGGUGCUAUUGAUAUGGCCACGGCCACAACUGGGAGAGAGACAGGAGAGGUUUCAGAGAAGAGGCAAUGGGUUGAUUCGUUUGCCUACCAUUACCACUUCGGUGAAGAUGCGGCACUGAUGAAGUUUAUAGGCUCCUUGGACGCUCAAGAAAGUGUUAAACUUGUCCUCUAUACCAUGGCGAGUGGGCAAAACAGUAAUGCCUUGAUCGGUAUUUCGAGAGCGGUCCGACAGGAAUUUCCAAAAUGGGGUAUUCAGUUAAUAAUAUUUGACCAGGAUCUCGGAGGUACUCGUUUGAGCGACUUUUUGUUUCAUCAUUUACCUUUUCAACGACCUUCUACUCCACCGGAGCUCUAUAUCAAGAAAGGCGAAGUCUGUUGGGCUACGGAAUUGAGAGUCCUGGACGGUAUUGACAGGAAAAUCCCUCCUAGAGAUUUCCCGUAUGCAUGGAAAGAAGAUCAUGAACCUUGGGCUCACUAUCCACCUCAGAUUGGUGAGUAUGAUGUCGAGAUUCAGGUACAUAGUCUCCAAAAACCGGACUCUCAGAAGUCAGCCUUUGGUUUUUCUGGUAAGAUCAGGCAGAAAGGACAGAGAGCUAUAAUUCCAACAGGUACGCCGGUGGUCGGUGUAUCCCUCAAAGGCCCAAUGGCGAGCACAUUAGUCUGUCACUGUGAAAGGAUCUCGAAACUUCCACCUGGAUUUCACUUUCAAUUUUGUGCGACAGCUAUUCGUUCUAUGGUUACCUGCGAUCUUAUUAUGGAGAAACUGCCUGAGUUAAUCCGACGUGACAAACGUAUACUUAUCCAUGGCGGCCCACCCGGACUGCGGCUUGGGACUGCGAUCUGUCUCGGCCGAAUACUUUAUCGUAAAGGAUGGGUUAUAUACUUUACAUCUGACAACGCUCAGGACAUACCCUGUAAUGCAGCAAGCUUUCGGUACUCAACUAUAGAUCCAGACAUCUUUGUUCGCGAGGUGAAAAACCAUACGCUCGGCAGAGGCCUCGGUUGCAUGAUUGGCUUUACCAAAGAUCAUAUUCUUUUAUCUCUAAGCCUUGAGAUACUAUGGGAGGCCCCUGCGAAUAUUAUAGUAGUCGCCGAAGAGGGCACUAUACAUUCUGUCUUAAACUUGCCUGGACAAAAGCCGAAUCAAAACUUUACAUUUAUCAAUCCAGAAAAAUGUAUGCAACAGAAUUACCAUUUGGUCCCGGAUGCAGUUUUUCGUUUCACUGCGGGUGAUGGGUAUACCAUGUCAGUAUGGGAUCAUGAAGAGAGCUUGGUGGCACUUGACCUUACAGAGAUGGAGCCUGAGGGGCCUAUCUUGCGGGCUGGCGUUGUUAGAGGAACUCCGGCUUUCAAUCCCAGAGCGACAUAUGUGCUAGUUGAAGGGAUAUGCUGUAUUGGUUUGGCUAUGGCUAAAUUUAUAAUUGAGCAUGGAGGGUUGCAUGUAGUUGUUACCUAUGGGAGUUAUCAGAAUUCUAUGGAGACAGGUAAGUUCACUUCCGGGCUUUCUAUUCAAUCCACAAACUCACAGAUAUUUCACUACUUAUAGACCAUAACUCUAAGGAGAGAUCGCUUUUCGAUAGUCUCCGUGAGUUGCCUGGUGUUACUAUCAAAGUUGCUUGCGUCCAGGCUAAAAACAUUAGGUCUAUGAGGGUACUGUUUGACAAUCAGGAACCUCCUGUAGCAGGUGUUAUCUGGUUUUCUCCAACACACGAGGACACAGCCGCCAGAGUCAAAGACCAGAAAAAUUGGGACAGAGUUUACUCAACCUGGGCUGCUACUGCGAGUAUUUUGUUAGACUCCUUAGAUGUCAGAAAACUUGAAUGGCUGGUUUAUUGUUCCUCUUUUUCCUCCAUGACUGGCCAAUCUGGGCGAGCAGACAUCUGUGGGGCUCAGGCAAUAGUCAGGGAUAUUAUCACCAGGUUCGAAAACUGCACAAAUGUGGUCAUCCCACCUAUAAUUGAUCAGGACCCCUUCCUGUUCCCUAAAACAGCUGAGGAGAGGGCAGAUACUUGCCAAAACUACACGCCUGUCGGGAUGAGAACUAUUGAUAUCUGCAAGUGCAUCCUUGAUGCAAUAUGGUGUAUGCCUAAGUCAAAUAUGUAUAUUCCAGACAUGGGUUUGGUAGGUUUGACUAAAUAUGGUCUUUCCCGGAAUUUCUGGGGGCUAGGAAAGGCUGUUGCGAGACCAAAGAGUGCUUUACCCGAUCAUCUGUUCGGUGUUGCAGGGAUUGUUUCACAAACUCUUAGGAUCUCUCAGGAUGAAGUUACUCUUAAUCUUGAGUUAAGUACAGUGGGGAUGGAUACUUCCCAAGCCAUGCAAUUGUCCCAGAGGCUGGAGAGUAAAGUUGGGCUGAGGGUACCCUACCCAAAACUGUUUGUUCCAGGCUUGACUUUGGGGAAGCUGUUACAGGAGGCAAGCUGUUCAGGAAAAAAGGAGCGCCUUACCUCUCUUCUCCCAUCUUUCAUUGGCCGAGAACCCCUUUUUGGGUUAGAAAAAGAUGUGGUUAUGAGAGGAAACCUAACCACUGAGGGUGUUCCAAUCUUUAUUAUAUUCCCGCCUACAAUCCCUACUAGUAUCGCCUUCGCCUGGCUUGCUAGCUUGUUUCCGCUUCCCACAUAUAUCCUGCCGAGCCCUCAACACAAGCCUGAUAGCUGUAUCGAGGCGAUUUCGGAGAAUUACUUUCAUCAGAUACUCAUUACACUUCAGUACCAUGCAUCCUCAGUGCAUCUAGUAUCAUUCUCCUACAGCUCACCUAUAGUCCUAAGCCUAACCGAGAGGCUACUCUACAGUGGGCAUAAAGUCGAAUCACUGGUCUUCCUAGACUACUCCCCUUCGUUAAUCUACUCGAGCUCUUUCAACUCAUUUAUGGGUAACAGAAUCUCUAGCAACUAUUGGCAGGAUCUAAUCCUUGACCAUCUAGAGGAUAUCCGAGCCAUAGAGCCCUCUCUCGGGCUGAUUUCGGACAUUCUCCAGCAGGCGAAAGAGUUCUUUGAUGGGAAUCUAUCUGGGAAAAAUAAGUGGUGUUUUGAGUAUCUGGAUACCUAUAUUAACUAUGCCAAAAUCCUACACAAAGCUUCAACCGUGGUGCUUAAUGGCUCCCAACAGAAUCCGUGGGAGUGUGUUGAGCAAUUAGCCCCGAAAGUAUUUUUGGCGAAGGCAAAGCGUGGCAUUGUUACAGAACCCUGGUUUUGCGAUGAUGGAAUCGAUAAGAACUGGGGUAUACCAGCAGUCCUGGACCCGAUUAUCAAGGAGUACGACUGCGGGCACUGCGGGAUCUUGUCAAGACAAACCGACUUGGUUGAGAGUCUCCGGGUGUUUUGGGGUGUUGGGGGGGGUUCAGAGAGGGAUGCUUACAGGGAUGGAGGGUAUUACAACGAUACAAUAAAUAACAAUGGAAUCAGGGGAGUGUAGGACAGCGAUUGAAGUACCCCGUGUGGGUAGUGGGCGAUGAUAUAUCUCCUUGAUUUUACUGAUAGGUGGUUGGGGUUCUAGCUUGAGUUUGCUUUUCUUCGUUCUACUUCUUGAAUCCAGAUAGGGGGCGGUUGAUGGACGGGGAGGGGAGAUGCCGAUAUGGAUGUUUCGGAUAGUUGUAUUUUAGCAGGUUUUCUUUCUGUUGCUGGAUACACUUUUUCUCUAUCUCUUCCAACUCUUUUUGAGUUAUUCCAGGCAAUAAAAAAGACUUUUCUCCUCAUAUUUCUUUUGUCCUGUGCUUCCCAGUAGGGUGAAAUCUCCUCAGCAGUGGAGUAGAAUUGCACUUAACGUUUUUGCAUAGAUGCCGAAACAUGCAUACAAGUACUUGUAAUUAGAUCUUC